CCGCAUUCUUCCUUAAGCGCCUGGGAGUGUCAGGGAGCCCGGAAGGCAAGGAGCCAGUCAGUCAGGACUGACAGAGGAGGGAGGGACCUGAGGAAGAGUGGACGUAUACUUUGCAGUUACUGGAAUUGCACAUUUGGUUUAGGCACACCACACACUGAACUGUCACCUGGAAGUCACUGGAAUUACAGUAAGUCCACACAGCUGGGCAUGGCAUCAAUCUCAGUUAGCGCCCACCUCAAGAAGGCUGUGCGUCAGCAUUACAUGAGCCUGUCCCAGAGAGGGAAGUGCCAAGUCACCUACAUCUGGAUUGAUGGCAAAGGCGAGGGGCUUCGUAGCAAGACUCGGACCCUGGACAGCGAACCAAGCGGUUUAAAAGAUAUACCUGAAUGGAACUUUGAUGGCUCAAGCACAUACCAGGCUGAGGGCUCCAAUAGUGACAUGUACCUCAUCCCAGUCUGCAUGUUCAGAGAUCCAUUCACUCUUGACCCGAACAAACUAGUUCUCUGUGAGGUCCUCAAGUACAACCACUUGCCUGCAGAAACUAACUUGCGUGCUGGCUGUAAACAAGUCAUGGAGCAGGUUAAAGAGCACAGCAUAUGGUUUGGCAUGGAGCAAGAGUACACGCUGUUUGGAACAGAUGGACAUCCUUUCAGUUGGCCCUCAAAUGGAUACCCAGAACCACAAGGACAAUACUACUGUGGAGUGGGGGCAGACAAUGCUUUUGGAAGGGACAUUGUGGAAUGUCACUACAAGGCCUGUCUCUAUGCAGGGAUUAAAAUCUGUGGCUCCAAUGCUGAAGUUAUGCCCUCUCAGUGGGAGUUCCAGAUAGGUCCCUGUGAAGGCAUUGAAAUGGGUGACCAUCUGUGGGUGGCACGCUUUCUAUUGCACAGAGUCUGUGAAGAUUUUGGAGUUGUCGCAUCAUUGGACCCCAAACCAAUGCAAGGAAACUGGAACGGUGCUGGUUGCCAUACAAAUGUCAGCACCAAGAAGAUGAGAGAAGCAGGGGGACUCCAAUAUAUUGAUCAGGCCAUUGAGAAAUUGAGCAAGAAACAUCCUGAACACAUCCUUGACUAUGAUCCACAUGCCGGUGAAGACAAUAAGCGACGUCUCACAGGUCUCCAUGAAACCUCUAACAUCAAUGACUUCUCUUCAGGAGUGGCCAACCGAGGCGCUAGCAUCCGCAUCCCUCGCCAAGUGGGCCAUGAAAAGAAAGGUUACUUUGAAGACCGCAGGCCUGCAGCAAACUGUGACCCAUACCUUGUGACAAAGGUCAUUGCAACCACCUGUCUGCUGCACUCAGAGGAGGAAGAGGACAACAUCUAGUGGAAGCAUACACAAUAUGGGUUGCAAUAUUUUUAUUUAUUUUUUUGUUCUGUCCAGCAGUUUAGCAAGCUGCAUAUCUUACGCUGAAUGCCAUAUUGUGAUGGAUAGUAGUACAGUACA